AUGCUCUUAUUAAGUUUUCGAAAAGCUCAUUUACCUAUUAUACAUGUUAAGCAUGAUUCCAGCACUCUUACUUCACCUUUUCAUCCUUCACAUACUGGAAAUGAACUUGAAGAUUAUGCUAAACCACUAACUACGAACAAUGAACCACUUCUACAUAAAUCAGUUAAUUCUGCUUUUAUUGGUACUGAUCUUGAGAAACGUCUUCGAGAACAAGGUACAUUAUCAUUAGUUAUUGUAGGUUUAACAACUAAUCAUUGUUGUGAAACAACAACACGAAUGGCUGGUAAUCUUGGUUUUCGAUGUAUUCUUUGUACAACUAUCAAAGCAAAUGAAGUACAUUUCAACACAUUAGCGAGUUUUAAUGAAGAAUUUACAACAAUUGUAGCAACUAAACAAAUAUUGGACACUAUUGCUACGUUAUCAUAUAUAUUUUAA